GUGGGGCCGAGACGUGAGGGCAGCGCGCUGGCGUCACAGGGGCGGCUAUAUAAGUGAAUACAGGCGCCGCCCCUCCGCCCCAGUCACUGAGCCGCCGCCGAGGACUCAGCUGCCUCCCCCUCGAGCCCCCUCGCUUCCCGACGCUCCGUCCCCCCCGCCCGCCUUCUCCCGCAGCCGCCUUCCGCAGGCCGUUUCCACCGAGGAAAAGGAAUCGUAUCGUAUGUCCGCUAUCCAGAACCUCCACUCUUUCGACCCCUUUGCUGAUGCAAGUAAGGGUGAUGACCUGCUUCCUGCUGGCACUGAGGAUUAUAUCCAUAUAAGAAUUCAACAGAGAAACGGCAGGAAGACCCUUACAACUGUCCAAGGGAUCGCUGAUGAUUACGAUAAAAAGAAACUAGUGAAGGCGUUUAAGAAGAAAUUUGCCUGCAAUGGUACUGUAAUUGAGCAUCCAGAAUAUGGAGAAGUAAUUCAGCUACAGGGUGACCAGCGCAAGAACAUAUGCCAGUUCCUGAUAGAGGUGAGUUCAGUCCUACCUCAACACUGUUGGCCUCUUUUUUUAAGUUACAGGAUCCUACAUUUCUCUAAUCUUAAAGUUGAGCUCUUUUUAGAUACAUGUGGACCUCCAAUACAUGGUGGGGGACAGUGUCAGAAGGGAAGUGUUAGUAGUGACUGCUAGAUUGAUCCAUCAUUGUGCCUCCUGGGAUUGACUAGAGUGCUCUUCUUUAUUGGGACUGCUCUUGGCAGGGUGUAGUGGGAAGACCUGUGUGUAACUGGUGUCAUUUCAGGCUUCAACUAACCUGUCUAUCUCCCUUGUCCUCUUUGCAGAUUGGACUGGCUAAGGACGAUCAGCUGAAGGUUCAUGGGUUUUAAGUGCUUGUGGCUCUCUGAAGCUUAAGUGAGGAUUUCCUUGCAAUGAGUAGAAUUUCCCUUCUGUCCCUUGUCACAAGUUUAAAAACCUCACAGCUUGUAUAAUGUAAUCAUUUGGGGUCCGCUUUUAACUUGGACUAGUGUAACUCCUUCAUGCAAUAAACUGAAAAGAGCCAUGCUGUGUAGUCUUGAAGUCCCUCAUUUUAAACAGGUUAAGCAGUAAGCCCUGACAGUCCACCCUGGAACAAAGCAAUAAAUAACAGGAUUUCAGCCAAGCCAAGAACCCCCAAAUCACUGGAGGCUAUGUCUGACCAGAAGUUCCUUGGGACUCCCUUGACACAGUCCCCAGCCCUAGAAGAGUGUCACCAUUUGAACAGCCCAGGUGACUGAGAGUAUGGGUAACUGCCCCAGCUAUAUCAUUAGAGUUGAGUCUCUCUGGCUGUAAAAAGAACCCCUGGUGUCUGACCAGGUAGGCAGAAUCCAGAAAGGGCUACCUUUCCAGAGAAGUCAUGGACAUUAGCUCACCACCAGGGCAGUCUUUUUUAGGCAGAUCUCUCCUAGCCAAGGGAUGUUGAAACAUGAAGGGUAAGGCCAGCCUGGUAUCAGUUAAACUUACGACAAGGGAACAAAUACCAAGCUGGUGCUGUUGGUCUUAUGGCUAGCUAUAAAGGCUUCAACACAAUACAAGCCACUGCCCAGUGCCAUGUGAAGGAACAAACUGGUCUUUUGGUUUUCUUUUCCCUUCCAGUUUUAAUGUUAUGUAAUGUAUUUAAAUCCUUAUUUAAAUAAAGCUUGUUUUCAGAAAUA